GUGCGCCUGCGAGCAGCAGACACCUGUACACAACUGCUGUUGCGUGGGAGGCCCCGUGACGGACGCACAACAACCUGCAGCGCUGCGCGGUGUCGGAAUCUGAUCACACGUUCACAUGUUCACACAGCCGCCAACUUCACGACAGUUUGUGGAGGAAUAUAUGUCGUGUCCUUCGCUGUCGACUGAAGCUCAGCUGGUGUCUUAUCGUCGUUCCAAUCGACACAACACAAACCAUCUUCGUGUACGACGACCACAGGCGGUCAGGAAAAGUAUAAAAGCAAGUUCGGUGAAGUGGGUUGGCAGGCAGGAAGGUUUACUCGCAUACAAGUGGCCGCCAGCUCUGUGUCACAAGGUAUUAGAGUCCAAAGAGGUUGGGGAGGGGCAGGAACGAAAACAGGAAAUGUAAAGCCUGGUCAUUUCUCGUUUCAUCUGUUGCUUGAGCUAUUCGUGACGUCACCAGAGUAUGUAACCCUGCUCCGUGUGCGAAGACCUUACCUUCUGUCUACAAGGACCUUCGGAGACCGAGUUUACAGGUGAUCGUAAUCAGGAUAAAAGGCUUUGCGGUGGGAAGACCCACUUCUAAAUGCAGGUCAACCAAAGUCGCAUUACCUUCUUUACUGUCCAAGAUGACAAUUUAGCUCGCGUAUAACUUCUAGCAAUCAGUGUGGAGUCUUUGUCAUCAGGAAUUCUCGUGGAAGAGUCAUCAUGGCCUCGUCACGCCGACAUUGCAGGGGUCAUUGUCACUGACCAUCAUCCUCCUGGCGGUGGCGCACUUUCGGUUGACGAGAGCUCAGACCGAGGUGGUGGUGUUUCACCUGCAGGAGGAGCUGCAGGCGGGGUCACUGGUGGGCAACGUCUCGCAGGCCAGUAACGUCACCAGGGGUCUGACCCCGUCAGUCGUUAACAGCCUGCAGUACCAGAUCCUCAGCUCGGACGGACCCCGCAUCAGCUUGCUCUUCAACAUCAACACCCGCACGGGGGUCAUCUUUACAAACGCCAUGAUUGACCGCGAGCAGAUGUGCAAUCUUUUGACCACUUGCCAGGUGGAGUUUGAUGUAACAAUUAAGUCUACAAUUUCUACUAACUUCAUCAAACUUGUAUCAGUCAAAGUCUUUAUUGACGACAUCAACGACAAUGCUCCUACCUUUCCAACAAACGAAGUAAACAUCACCUUCCCAGAGAAUGCGCCUCUAGAGACGAAGAUUCCUGUAUCAGGUGCAUUCGAUCGGGACACGGGACUAGCCACACCCAUCAGGUACUCCCUACAGGAUACUGGCGUGUUUGUUCUGUCGGAGGAGAGGCAGCUGGACGGAUUGUCUUCCCUGAAGCUCACCCUCAAACAACCCCUUGACCGCGAGAACAUCUCCUUCUAUUCGCUCCUUCUCCUGGCAAGCGAUGGUGAUGAUCCGGGCAGCCAUACUGGAACCCUUGUGGUCAACGUUGAGGUCGGGGAUAUCAACGACAACUCCCCGACGUUCACUCAAAACGGCUUCAACCUGACGGUCAAUGAUACGGCAGACGCGGGCACCACCUUCGGGCAACUGAAAGCCUACGACGCUGACGCCGGCGUCAACGCACAGCUGAGCUUUCGCUUCAGCAUUCUGACAGAGUCGGUCGUGCAAGACCUGUUCCAGCUGAAUGAGAUUUCCGGAGAGCUGAGUGUGAAGGCCGACCUCCAGUACCAGUCUCGUCGCAACUUCCAGUGCGUUGUGGAAGUUUGGGACCGCGGGGUUCCGCCUCUCUACUCGCAGACCAUCCUCAGGAUUCAGGUCGUGAACAACGGCAACACCCCGCCCGAAGCUGGAACUGACCCUUCUGAUCCCGCUUACGACACAAGAAGUACCCGGAUGAAUGAGAACGCUGCUGUGGGUACCUUCGUUGGCAGCCUUAAGGUGGAGGACCUUGACGAAGGCAGCGAUGGUAUGAUCGAGUGCUGGAGCACGAACCCUCACGUAUCGCUGGAGGCUUUUGAUGAGAAGAGCUACGGCGUCGUCGUGGCCAAUGAGUUGGACUACGAGGAUAGCCCUCAGGUAAACAUUUCCAUCACUUGCAGCGACCACGGGAUCCCACGUCUGACAACAUCGACUACCUUCAUAAUCUACGUGCUAGAUGUCAACGACAAUGCCCCGCAGUUCACGCAAUCUGUCUACAACGGGUCAGUGAAAGAAAGCAUUGAAGGAGGUCAGAAGGUCGUACAGGUCCUGGCGCUAGACAAGGACGGCUUUAACAACAACCAGGUAAUGUACUCGCUUGGCGAGGCAGACGAACGUCUCUUCACUAUGGAUGCUACCACCGGCUGGGUUAGGCUGAACGUGUCUGUGGACCGGGAACACACUCCCAUGCUGACAGUUGUGGUCUUUGCGACAGAUUCGGGGAGCCCUCCGUUGACUGGGACGGCCACAGUGACGGUGUCAGUUGAAGACAUCAACGACAACGUUCCUUACCUCAAUAAGACCGAUUAUUACAUCAGCGAAGCGGUGCCGGUUGGUUAUGUCUUUAACGCCCGAAGUUGUUUCGUCGCCGACGAAGAUAUUGACGUAACCUCUCCGUUCAUCAUCCUUACGAACGGGUCUAUUGAAGUCAACAAGAAACUGAACCGAGAGACACAGAACGAGACGAGACUAGUUGUGUUUCUGCGAGACAAAGGGACGCCCGCUCUCACUGGUUCGGGAACCUUGACUUUGCACAUUGUCGCUUACAAUGACGAGCCCCCGCAGUUCUUGUUUCCUUCCCCCCUGAAUAAGACAGCCUGGAUCGGUGCCGAGGCUCCUCUUGGAUCCCACGUUUGCCGAGUGCAAACCGCGGAUGGCGGGCUAGGCGCGCCCCAGAACGUCCUGUACAACAUCGCUGAAGGCAAUGCGGACAAUUGGUUUGGCAUCAACAGUCGAUCCGGGGAGCUGUUCGUCGCUCGUAGCCUUCUUCCUCUCGCCGGUUCGACCGUCCAGCUGAAGAUUUCCUCGGCAAACACGCUAAACCCUCAGAUGCUGAGUUAUGGCGACUUGGAGGUAACAGUGGGGCCGUCCAACGCCAGCCUGCUGACGCGGGCCGCCUUGGGCGCGCAAGACAGCUACGUCAUCGUCGCCGGUAUCAUCUCUGGCGUCACGGUCAUCAUUGCUGUGGUUAUCAUCUCAGUCAUCGUCCACCUGAGAACGACAGACCUGAGGAGGAUGCAAGCUGCCAAGAGCAAAGCCACUAGACCGAACAAUGUCAACUCUCGCGUUCCAAUCGCAGUCUCCUUUGUGCCGGAGGUAAAGGGAGAGAAGCUUCAGAAGACCAACACCACACUGACAUCAUCUAUGGGCGGGAAGAAUGCUGCAUUCACAGCCUCUGAAAAGGGGGGUUCUGCGGUGCUAAAGCCCACGCUCUGCAGCAAACCACAGCUCUGGUCGCAAACACUUGGUAUCGAAGAUCACAACAGCGACACAUCAGGGGAAACAACUUGCGACAGCGGGCGCGGAGCGAGUGACGAAGAGAUUGUCGCCCCUUUACAUGAGGCUUACGCAGGUUACCGACCGCAGGCACGCGUCGAUGCAAGGUACUCCAAUGCGCCACCACGGAUCCCACCUCGCGAGCCUCUCCAGUGGACACAAGUUGGGUGGAGAGUGUCGCCACCUGCUGACGCACAUCGGCGUGUCCCUGACGACAUCCGUCAUGGUGACAUCUUGUCCAGAGCUAACCAGUUCCGAUAUUCUCCAGACGACAGAACCUCCCCACCGCCUCCUUUUUAUGCUUCCAGCGUACCUAGUCGUCGGAUGUUAGCUUCUCAGGAACCGGAUGAAAGUCUAGGCAGACAGUUUGAGCUUACCAGUGGGCGCAAGUACCCGAAAAGUUCGCGCCAGACAGGACCGGGUAGGAGCAACGCCCCUACUGCAUCACCCAGUCCGCCACUCCAGCGAGAAGUUGUGUCGCGGACAACUGAGGGUGAGCUGCCGGUCAACAGAAGCAGUUCGACCUGCUUGCCCUCAGGUAGCAAGGUCCAGGGGACACCUAGCAAGGGUGGGGAGGAAAGCGGCCAUCAAGGGAGGCUGGCUUGGCACGCGGACGGUCCGCCACCCAGAGCGCGCCCGUCCUCGUCGCUGACAAGCCUAGCUCCGAGUGGUGACGACGACGACAACACCACCACCUCCGGCAGCUACUCCAUCGACUUUGAUGACAUCAUGAAUGUCUCGCUGGAAUGCUGAUUCACACCAUCCUCUUUCUCUACAAUCUACCCUACAACAUACCCGUUAGCUGCUUCAUUAAGGCAUGGAAACAGCGACCGGGGAAACAAACUAUACUGGCAUCCUCUUAUGCAAACUGCAAUGAAAGUUCAUAGAAUUUUUAUAGACGUCAGAACAACGACUAACUCAGAGAGUUCUUAGACUGCUGGUGCUUCAUUAAAACAGAUACUUGUCCGAGUGAUAAACACACAAACAGCGGUAUUAGGAGACGGACAUUGUCGUAAACUUGCAGAUUCUCGAUGAGGUCACUUCAAACCUUGAGCAGCCGUGACUGUAAAAUACUGUUUUGCAAGAAAAGACAAACGGGUAUGUGGACUAGGGGCACACAACUAAACAAUUUCUAACCCAUGAAUGGUGUAUCGUGCGUUUAAACCAUGCUUGUCAGGAAUGUGCUCCAUGAUCAUAGUUUGAACUAGUCUGUUGGAGGCAAGGACACGGCAACUUUUGCAAACAAUUUCAAAACGGUCGACAUCCAUCGCAGUCUGAUUCCAGUCUUGCCACGUCUGACAGAAAGUGUUUGUCAGGCGAAUAAACCACCGGACUUUGUGAUUAGUACACAGCAGAUGGCAAUCAGCUUAAGUAUUAAGUCUUUGGGACAAAGUAUUUAGUGUCGAGCUGUGAUUGUGAGCGGAUUGAGAACGUGUUCACUGUAUAUCUGUGUAUAGCAGGAAGCACACGUGCAUUUGAGUAUACGGUGGUGUGUGUGUGUUUGUAUGUGCAAAUCUGUGGGUUGAUAUAAAAGUGUGUGUGACGAUUAGUGGAAGCAUGGCUGUGUGCGGGUUGUACGUUUGCGUGGGUCCUUCUGUAAAGAAUAUUACAUCAUUCUCUAAUGGAAGGCGCGCAUGUAAAGCUAACAAAUAAUUUUACUCAUAUACGGUGUCUAAUAAACCUAGCUACACGUGU